AUGGGUAAGGUAGUGGAGAGGAAGAAGAAGAAGAAAGGACGGCCCUCUCUUUUAGAUCUUCAAAAACGGACUCUCAGAGAACAAGAGCAGCAGCUGCAGCAACAACAACAACAGCAGCAGAAGCGCAAAAACAACUCUGCCCCUCAUUCCAACCCUAAUUACAAGACUGCCCCUGCCGACUCCGCCAAGGCUCCGGUUCGUCGAUCCACCCGCCGCAACCCUAACCCCGACGAUAACGAGGACGAGGACGACGGCGAAGAUGAGGACGACGACGUUUUGGCCGGGAAGCGCCGCGAGAAAAAGCUCAAGCUCGUCCUCAGAUUGCCUCCUAAUCAGAAAUCGUCGGCCAAUUCCGCGUCUUUGAACUCUGGCGGCUCCGAGUCCAACGCCGAUGGCGAUAACGCUGCGCCGGAGGUUGAUAAGAAGCGCAAAAUCAAUGCGAUCGGCGAUGGAUCUGGGCUCGCUCACCCUCAAAAGGGUGAGAAGACAAUUUCAGCUACAAACCCUUCAAGCGCCCUCGAAGGAGGGACAGCGUUGGAUUCUGGAGCCUCUACGCCUUUACCUGAUAAAAAGCUGUUGCUGUUCGUUCUCGACAGGCUUCAAAAGAAGGACACGUACGGUGUGUUUUCUGAACCAGUGGACCCCAAAGAGCUUCCGGACUACCAUGAAGUAAUAGAGCAUCCUAUGGAUUUUGGGACGGUGAAGAAGAAACUUACUAGUGGAGUGUAUACUAGCUUGGAACAGUUUGAGAGUGAUAUCUUCUUAAUAUGCUCCAAUGCAAUGCAGUACAAUGCCCCAGAUACUAUAUAUUUUCGGCAGGCGCGCUCCAUACACGAGCUAGCAAAAAAGAAUUUUGAUAAUUUGAGACAAGAUAGUGAUGAUAAUGAGCCAGGACCCAAGGUUGUAAGAAGAGGUAGACCACCGACCAAAAAUUUGAAAAAACCACUGGGCAGGCCUUCCUUGGAGCGUGCUGGUUCAGAGUUCUCAGAUGCCACUCUUGCUACUGGGGCAGAAAAUGCGAAUUAUGAUCUGAGAAAAGGACCUCAUUUUUCGGACAAGUCUGGUUUGGCAGAUUCAUCUGGGCGAUUCCAUGGUUCACGAAAUAAUGAUGUUUAUACUAGUUGGUUAGCUGAUAACAAAUUUGAGAGGAAUGAUGACUUCACAGGCUCCAUGUUGCGGGGUAAUUCGAAGCUUGGGAGAAAACAAUUUGUUUUUGAUGAGAACAGGCGCAAUACAUAUAAUCAAUCUCACCCUUCAGCUGGUGGACGAGAGUCAUCAGUGUUGACUACAUUUGAUAGAGAAAGGAAACAUCUAAUGGCUGUAGGGCUUCACUCAGACUAUGGUUAUGCAAGGAGCCUGACCCGAUUUGCUGCAAAUAUUGGACCUGUUGCUUGGAACAUUGCUGCAAAGAAGAUUGAAAGGUCUUUGCCCCCUGGUGUUAAGUUUGGACCUGGGUGGGUUGGAGAAAAUGAUGUUGUGCCACAUAGGCCACUGCUUUUGGCCUCAGCCUCACUAGAGCAGCCAUAUUCAUCAGAGCCCAUUCCCAUCCGUGCAAAUUCAUCUUCUGCUGCAACAUCUUGCUCUGUUGAGCCUAACAGAGAUAAAUCAUCAGACAAGCCUUCAGGAUAUAACUCAUCAGAAAAGCGUGUGCCUUCUGUUCCUUCAGCGCUGGAAGGCCAUAUAAGCAGGCCUCCUCCUCUGGUUGCUGCUACCUCAUCACCCCACGUAGCCGCUAAUAAAUCGCCUGAACCCCUCACUGGAAAAGCAGAAACUGUUGAAGGAUCGAACUCUCGUACUGGGUUUAAUAUGAGCAGCAAUCUUGGUGUAAUUAGGCCAAGACCUCCAUUUCAGAUCCAUCAAAAUUCUGUAAUCCAACCCGGGAUCAAUGGAUUUAAUGGAACAUAUGGAUUAAACCUUCCUGCUCAGAUGGGAAAGCUAGUUGGAUUGGCCAGGCCCGGUGGUUUUAACUUCCAGUCAUCUCAAAUGCUUGAUACGGUCUCUAGGACUAAUAGUAGCUUCAUCCAACCAUCAGCGUCAACCAGCUUAAAUUCAGAAGAAACAAAGUUUUCUGAAAAUUCGGGUACGAUAAACUCUUCCGGUUCAUAUCCAAAUUCUGUGAAAGAGGCACUGGCAGCCCGGACAUUGGGGAUUCCUCCCCGGCCGUCUUUGCUAGGGUUGUCACAACAGCAGAAACCGGAUUCAGGAUUGUCACCACAACAAAAACCCGAUUCAGUUCCACCUGAUCUGAACGUCAGAUUUCAGUCCCCAAGUUCUCCUAGUUCUAGCCGGACUGAUUCAGCGCAGCCAGAUUUAGCAUUGCAGCUCUGA